UUUCAUUUUUUUUUGUGUGUGUGUGUGAUACUGAUUAUGUUGUUUAUUUUUUUUUUGAUUUUCACGCUCUGUUUUGCAUUGUUAGUUUGAUGUUAGUAAUUUCCAUGUUAAUGUACUCUUAUUAAUAUGAGCCACUUUUGUAAAAGUAGGGAUACCUUUAUAGGUAAAAAUGACAACUUUUAUACAUGAAAAAGGUACCCUUUGUGGGUCACUGAUGUGAAAAAAAAGGGGUUAUAUUUGUGAAAAAAAAAAAACGCUUUUGUAAGUAAAUAGAGUCAAUUUUCGCAAAAUAUUCAAUGUAAAAUAAAAUUAUUGUAAACCGGAAACAUGCAAAAGUUUUUGUAAAAAUUUAGUAACACCAUAUCGAAUCAAAAACACCACCCAAUCUGUCAAUCAUAAUAAUUUCAAAUCGCAACAACUUAAAAGCAUACGCCCCUCCUUCCCAUCGUAUCUAGGCAACAAAAUAGGACAUCAAUAUAUCAAAUUCAAAGUAACUGUCACCUUCUUCUUUAAACAAAGUUUCAGCUGAGUACAACUCAAAUCCUUCAUUGUACUCAUCAAAUUCAAUCCUAGUAUAAGGGUAGUCCACUUUAUAGCUCCAAUUUCUCAUUUCUACUUCCCCAAAUUCUUCCUCCAAAACCCCAGAAAUGCCCUCAUCAAAAGGGCCUAAAAUCUUCCACAAUCGAUCUUCUUCUCCAUUUUCAUUUUCUCGAAAACCAACAGUUCAGAUCUUUUGUUUUUUGAUUGGAAUUAUUGGGUUAAUCUUGGGUUUAAUUGCAAUUUCAAGGUCUCUUUUUAGCCAAAAUUGCACUUCAAUCGAACCCAAAAUAGUUUCUGUUGUUUGGGAAAGAACAGAUGAUAGUAAUGGCGGUAUUUCAGAUGGGGUUGUGAAGAAUAAGAGGCAUAAAGUGAUGGGUUUUGUUGGGAUUUUUACUGGGUUUGGAUCUAUUGGUCGUCGACGGUCUUUGCGCCAGACUUGGUUGCCAUCUGAUCGUGAUGGCCUACAACGACUGGAAGAAGCCACUGGUCUGGCUUUCAGGUUUAUCAUAGGCAAGACAAGUGCCGAGUGGAAAAUGUCAGUGCUUAGAAAGGAGGUUUCCUUACAUGAUGACUUUAUUCUGCUGGAUAUAGUGGAAGAGUACAGUAAGCUCCCCUACAAAACGUUAGCAUUUUUCAAAGCUGCAUAUGCUCUGUAUGAUUCUGAGUUCUAUGUGAAAGCAGAUGAUGACAUAUAUCUGAAGCCAGAUCGCCUUUCGCUCCUCUUGGCAAAAGAGCGGUCUGAUCCUCAAACUUAUUUAGGUUGCAUGAAAAAGGGGCCAGUCUUCACCAGUCCAAAGCUUAAAUGGUAUGAACCCAUGUCCUAUCUUCUCGGCUCAGAGUAUUUUCUCCAUGCCUAUGGUCCAAUUUAUGCACUUUCAGCCAAAGUUGUCAGAAGCUUGGUUGCCUUGAGAAAUGACAGUUUCCGAAUGUUUAGCAAUGAGGAUGUCACGAUUGGAGCAUGGAUGCUUGCGAUGAAUGUAAAUCAUGAGAACAAUCUUGAGUUGUGCGCGCGAGAGUGUACAUCAACAUCCAUUGCUGUUUGGGAUAUACCCAAAUGUUCAGGACUUUGUAAUCCUGAAGCAAGAAUGCUGGAACUGCAUAAGAUGGAAGAAUGUUCAGGUAGCACUACAGCCAGUGAAUAGCAUUAGCUCAAUUCUGCUCAUUUGAAGGUGCUUUUUUGCAAUUACCUGUUAUCUGUAUCCCUAGCAUUCAUGAUACAUAUCCCUCGGCUAUUCAAUUUUUAUUGUUUUCUUUCUUGUUCAUCCUGCAAAUAUUUCCCCACUUAAGUUAAAUUUAGUUUGAUUGGUUACAAGCAGAUGAGGCGGUUACAGUAGCAUAGUUACAUACAUACUGGAGAGAUGUAUAUUUGUUGUGAAUUAGCUAGUUAUUAUGCAUUGAUCUGUGUCAUUAAACUUUCUUCGCCCCACCCCCUACACCCCCAUUAUCUGGGAAAAACUUUAUGCUUGUUAGGUGCAUAAUAGAACAGACUUUCACCUUAGCUCGAGUAUGUCUUGUGUAAGAGACAGUCUAAUAUGUCUAUCAGUAGUAACAUCAUUCAACUUUCUAACCAAAAUUAUACUCCGUUGUUACUUUCAGAUAUAAAGGACAAUUUUAGUACUACGUAAA